AUACUCCAUCAGUUUCAAAAUAAAUUUGCUGAUAAUUAUUCGGAAGCAGAUAAUGUGGUGUGUUGCACAUUCCUAAUCCUAGCAAUUAUUAUAUUCUGAAAACAUGAGGACAGUCACAAGUGAGCCGAGACUUGCCGCAGUUUUUUCAAACCGCCACCACUUGCCGGGAAAUGGAGCAAUUAAACUUCACAACUACAUUCACGCAACUCCAACACUCCGGCGCGGCGGUUUGACUACCGGUGCAAGUCGUCCAAAACCUCCGAUUCCAAUUUCUAACAACUUUGACAGCAGGGACUCAUUGGGACAAAUAUGGCUAACAUGUUAUUGUUUCUCGUGGAAAUGGUUUUCAAGACUUGUUUCGUUUUACAUGUUAGUAUCUCUUAAUCUGGUUGCUGUGGCUUCGGACUAUCCAAUUUCCUCUACUUAUGCCUGUGAGGACAUUACCAAUUACUAUUCCCCUGUGAAUCAUUUGAGUUUAAAAGGUGAAGCACUCAAGAGAAAAUUGAAUACCAUCAUUGCUCCACACAAUUCCUUGUCCUACCAAGAGGUGUGGAAUGCUCUCAAGGUUCUUGAUGCUGCUGAUAUUGAUAAUCCAGAAGCUUCAUCCAGAAUAGUCGAAAUAUACUCUCUGAGAGUUGUUCCGAAAUGGUUAUCAGGAAAACAACAGGGAUGGAAUAGUGAGUCAUCUGGGGAGCAUCUUUGGCCUCGUUCAUAUGGGUUGUCCAGUGUUCCAUCCUUGACUGAUUUACACAACAUUCGUCCUGCUGAUGUUAAUGUGAAUUCAUCAAGGGGAAACAAGUACUAUGGAGAAUGCAUAACUAGCUCAACCAAAUGUUUGAGGCCAGCCAACAAAGAAGCUGCUUUGGACACUGAAGCAGACAAGAGGAGGUGGGCACCACCUAAGCAGGUUAGAGGAGAUAUUGCAAGGGCAUUAAUGUACAUGGCAGUCUGUUAUGGGUUUCAACAACCAGGGGGAAGUCCAGGUCUUCGCCUUUCAGACACUCCAAAUGUUGAAAACAGAGAGAUGGGACUGCUUUCCACAUUAUUAGAUUGGAAUGAAGUUGAUCCACCUUCGAGGGAGGAGAAACUGAGAAAUGAAAGAAUAUGCAAAUUUUAUCAGCAUAAUCGGAAUCCUUUUGUCGAUCAUCCAGAGUAUGUGAAUCUUAUAUGGAAGAAAGUUGUUUCAAGACGUGCUCUUGGUAAUAAUAAUGAUGAUGGUGAUAACAAUGUCUCCAACAAAGGAAAAAAAUUAGGACCAUUGUCUCAAUUACCUCACUCGUAAUAUUGUUUGCCGCUUUCCAUUACAUUUUUUGAAUGGAUUAAAAACUAAUUAAAACUUUUAUAUUUUUAUCAUUGAUGAAGUUACUUAGUUCUCACUUUAUGUUUUCUCUUAUUAUUCA